UUGAGGUAGGAGGGAGGGUUGAUGUCUACUGUUCUGCUGUUGCGUCUCUGUGUUGUUGCCGGCAUGUGGUGAUGCAUCUGGGUCUGAUGACGUGUCUGUGUGUGCCAGCUUUACAUGUGUCCUGGGGUCUGAGAGUUGGUGACAAGCGGGUGUGUUUCGGUUGUGUCGGUCCAUGUGUGUGUCCAUGGAGGUCUGUUUUGUGUUGAUAUGUGUGUGAGUCCUGAGGUGUGUGGGUCUUAUCUAUUGCGUGUGUGUUGUCGGGAGGGGCACAUGUGUUUGAGAAGUGUGGCAGUGCCUAUUUGGUGUGUGUUUCUGUCUGUGCUUGUGAGGGCUGCAUAGUGUGUACAUGUGUGUCUAUGAGCCUGUUAACAGUGGCUCAGCGGGUGAGAUCCUGACAGUUUGUAUGUGUGUGUGUAUGGGGUGGAGGGGAUGGGUUGUGCCAGCCACUAUGCAUUGUGUGGAUAGUUCUUCCUGUGGUCUGUGUGUAUGUGUGUGUCCACGUUUUUGGUCAGUGUUUGUAUGUGUGUGUCCUGAGACAUCUCAAUGUUUCCGUGCAAAUGGGAGACGAGGUGGGGGGUCUGGCUGGCCAGUCCUGCGUGAGCUUUUGUGUGUGUGUUGUGUACCCUCCACACACACCCCUUUGGGUCCUGUGUGAGUCCCCGUGUGUGUUGCGAGGCAUCACAAUGCCUGGCUGCCCUCCCUGUGUGCCCAUCACUGUGUUCCGGAAGUUAAUCCCACCAGCCCAGGCCCUGUGUGAGUCCCACGUUGGGCCCCAGGGAGCGCCAUGGCCCGAGCACGCCAGGAGGGCAGCUCCCCAGAGCCCGUAGAGGGCCUGGCCCGCGACGGCCCGCGUCCCUUCCCCCUCAGCCGCCUGGUGCCCUCGGCCGUAUCCUGCGGCCUCUGCGAACCCGGCCUGCCUGCUGCCCCCGCCGCCCCCGCCCUGCUGCCCGCCGCCUACCUCUGCGCCCCCACCGCCCCGCCCGCCGUCACCGCCGCCCUGGGGGCCCCCCGCUGGCCUGGGGGUCCUCGCAGCCGGCCCCGAGGCCCGCGCCCCGACGGUCCUCAGCCCUCACUCUCGCCCGCGGAGCAGCACCUGGAAUCGCCAGUGCCCAGCGCCCCGGGGGCCCUGGCGGGCGGCCCCACCCAAGCGGCCCCGGGAGUCCGGGGGGAGGAGGAGCAGUGGGCCCGAGAGAUCGGGGCCCAGCUGCGGCGGAUGGCGGACGAUCUCAACGCGCUGUACGAGCGGCGGAGACAAGAGGAGCAGCAGCGACACCGCCCCUCCCCCUGGAGGGUCCUGUACAAUCUCAUCAUGGGACUCCUGCCCUUACCCAGGGGCCGCGGAGCCCCCGAGAUGGAGCCCAAUUAGGUGCCUGCACCCGCCCGGUGGACGUCGGGGACGUGGGGGGCAGGACCCUCCCACCUCCUGACGCCCUGGCCAGUGCGGGGGACUUUUUCUGC